AAAACGGAGUAGUUUGCUUACUCGGUGAAACAAAGAUGCCGGGUGGAAAAAUAAUUCAAGAACGUGUCAUGAAUCCCAGCAAUACAAACUCCCUAUUUAACACUAAAAAAUCUGGCAUCUACCAUUUUUCUCUCUCCUCCUCUCUCUCUCUUUGAUCCCUUCCUUCCACAACAACCUCUUCUUCAACCUCCAGAUCUAGGGUUCUUCAUUCACCAACAAUGGCGUUAGAAUGGGUAGUACUCGGCUACGCAGCAGCAGCAGAAGCAAUCAUGGUGAUCCUCCUUACUCUCCCAGGCCUCGACGGUCUUCGCAAGGGUUUGAUUGCCGUAACUCGCAACCUUCUCAAGCCAUUUCUGUCAAUCGUUCCAUUUUGCUUGUUUCUUCUCAUGGAUAUCUACUGGAAGUACGAGACUCGGCCGAGUUGUGAGUCAGAUUCGUGUACUCCUUCUGAGUUUCUUCGUCACCAGAAAUCGAUCAUGAAAUCGCAGCGUAAUGCUCUUCUUAUUGCUGCUGCUCUCGUCUUUUACUGGAUCUUGUACUCUGUUACUGCUUUGGUUGUUAAGAUUGAGCAGUUGAAUCAGCGUGUUGAGAGGAUGAAGACCAGAACUGAUUGAUUGGUUGGUUUGUUUUCUCCCUUUUUGGAAGAUAAGUAGAAUUUCUGUUUCUCAGGGUUUGUGUAAUGCGAUGAAUUUGAAUCUUAAAUUCACGGUUUUUUAUACUUAUAAUGAUAGGUUUAUGUUUGUUUGACGCUCUGUUCAUCGGAUUAAUGGAUAUAAAUUAAUGGAGAAUGCUUACUUUUUCGUUAUAUAACUCGUUUUGUUGAUU